AUGCUCCUCCGACAUCUGAUUUCAACACCAAGCUCAAGAUUCAUCAUGGCAACCUCGAAAGACAAGACCGUCAUAGUAGUAGGCUCAGGCCUCGCUGGUCUCACAGCAGCUUCUACUCUCGUCUCCCACGGCAUCUGCGUCCAUCUCCUCGAACGCGCCGCCAAACCCGGCGGCAAUUCUAUGAAAGCAUCUUCUGGGAUCAACGGUGCACCGACAAAAUACCAACCAGGACCACCAUUCUCGGAUACCUUCUUCCACGCCGAUACUAUCAGAUCCGCUGGAUCCGUAUUCCAGACCAUGAAGAAAGAACGCGAGAGCCUGAUCUCAACAUUGACGAACCAAAGCGCGGAAGCUAUCGAAUGGUUAGUUGAGGAAAAUGGCAUCGAUCUCAGCGUCGUAGCUCAGCUCGGCGGUCACUCAUUCCCCAGAACCCACAGAGGCGCAGGCAAAACUCCACCAGGCGCAAGCAUGGUCAGCACGCUCUUGACAUCCUUGAAAUCUUCGCCACUAUUUCACCUCGACACCUCCUGCACCGUAACUAAGGUCUUGAAACCGUCGUCCGUCGUCUCAGGCGUGGAGUACAUCUGCACCGGCGAAAAAACACCCAAAAAAGCCCUCGGUCCCGUGAUCUCCGCAACAGGAGGCUUCGGCGGCGAUGCGAAUGGAAUGCUAGCCCAGUACCGCCCAGACCUCGCUGGAUUCCCCUCCACUAACGACCCGAGACCGGGUUCUCAGCCUCUGCUCACGGUAGUCGGUGCUCAGCUAUUAGACAUGGAGCAAAUCCAAAUCCACCCCACAUCGUUCAUCGACCCUGCUAACCCUUUGAAUCCGGUGAAAUUCCUCGCCGCGGAACUGCUCAGGGGCGAAGGAGGCGUGUUGCUUUUCCAGGGAAAGAGAUUCGUAGAUGAGAUGCAGACGAGAAAGGUUGUUACGGACGCGAUUACUAGACUCCCUGCUCAAACAGCGGAGGGCGGACCGAGACAAUGGGACGUCCAACUUGUGCUUGACGAGGGUGUGUAUGAGAACGCGAGUUCGCAUAUCGAUUUUUAUCUCUGGAAAGGGCUGAUGCGGAAAUCUACCAUUGCCGACCUUGGUACUGCGGCCUUUUCCACGCUUAGAGAUUAUGCUGCAGCGGCGGCGGGGCAUGCUAGUGAUUCUUUCAACAGGGAGAGUUUUGGACAUUGGAAGUUACAUGCUGUGAAGGAGGAUAGUGUGGUGUAUGUAAGCACCGUGACGCCGGCGGUGCAUUUCACGAUGGGAGGUGUGUUGAUUAGCGAGAAAGGAGAGGUGGUUGAUGAGAGUGGAAAGCCGAUUCGGGGGCUUUGGGCCGCGGGAGAGGUUACGGGGGGUGUGCAUGGGGAGAAUAGGUUAGGCGGCAGUUCAUUAUUGGAGUGUGUUGUUUUUGGCAGGGUGGUUGGAGAGCAGGCUGCGAAGUUUGUGAAAGGGGAAGAAGAGUGA